AUGUCGGAGCCGCUUCCUCAAGGAUGGUUCGAAUACUAUGAUCCAAAGACCGGGCGAAAUUAUUACGAGUCAAUUUUAGAUGUGUCUCAAGAAACUGGCCAAACUACUUGGUAUGAUCCUCGAAGAACACCAGCGCCUGAAAAUGACAAUAAAAAUAAUCUAAUUGCAAGACAAGCAUCAAUGUCUUCGUCUAUGCAUUCAGUAUCAAUGUCUUCGCCUAUGCAAUCGACAGUAACAGCAGCGCCUAUAAACGGCAACAUAAAUAAUCCAAUCGCCGGAACAGUAUCAAUGUCUUCGCCUAUGCAACCAACAGUGACAGCAGCGCCUAUAAACGACAAUAAAAAUAAUCCAAUUGCAAGACAAGCAUCAAUGUCUUCGUCUAUGCAUUCAGUAUCAAUGUCUUCUAUGCUACCAGUAUCAAUGUCUUCGCCUAUGCAACCGACAGUAACAGCAGUGCCUAUAAACGGCAAUAUAAAUAAUCCAAUCACCGGAACAGCAUCAAUGUCUUCGCCUAUGCAACCAACAGUGACAGCAGCGCCUAUAAAUGACAAUAAAAAUAAUCCAAUUGCGAGACCAGCAUCAAUGUCUUUGUCUAUGCAUUCAGUAUCAAUGUCUUCUAUGCUACCAGUAUCAAUGUCUUCGCCUAUGCAACCGACAGUAACAGCAGUGCCUAUAAACGGCAAUAUAAAUAAUCCAAUCACCGGAACAGCAUCAAUGUCUUCGCCUAUGCAACCGACGGCGACAGCUCAAUACUUGCCUAAUAAUCCUUCAUCGCCUAUACAAUAUACGAAUGAACCCUUUGCAAUGUCUCCAAUACAAGAAGCAAACAAUAAUAUCUAUUUCGAUAAUACACUGCAACAACAGCAGCCAGGUUAUGAAUAUCAACAACAGCAACCAGGUUAUGAAUAUCAACAACAGACCACCCAACCGGAUGCAACCAAAAAAAAGACCGACUAUAAAAAAAUCGACAAAACUGCAAAGAAAGUUGCUCAUUCAAUAGGCGGGCUAGUUGGAACUUUUGUAACAGGAGCAAUUAAUCCGCUUUCUUUAAUUCCUCGAGGUAACAAUAAGAACAGCAAUUCUAACAAUGCUAAUAUGCUUCAGCAACAUUCACAAAUGUUAUCACUCAUGGAACAGCAACACCAGACAACCAUGGCACAUUUCGAGGUCAUGACAAAUUUUGCUGCUGCACAACAAGAAGCCCAGAGAAUGCUUCAAGAAACUUUAACUCGUAUCGUAAUCGCCGAAAAAAGAGAGCAAGAAUUAAAUCAAAAAAUAGCUCAGAUGGAAGCUGUGCUUAAUAACGCCAAUCAACCAGAUAACUUGAACACACAAGAAGUAACACUAAAUCAAAAAGUAGUAGAUACACCGGCGGCCAAUUACGAGUCAAAUAGAAAUUUACCACAGAAAUUUCAGGGACUUCAAGGAAAUCAACCAUUGAAUGAACCAGAAUCUCAAGUAAAUCAAACAAUGAGUCAACCAUUGAACAAUCCUGAAUUUCAAGCAAAUCAGCCAGCGAAAAUCCCCGAAUUUCAGGUCAACAAUCCGGUUAAUUUUUCUGAAUCCCGGGUAAAUCAACAAUUGAAAACACCUGAAGCCGAAGCAAAUCAAUUUCAAGUAAACCAAUCAAACCAGCCAGGGAAAACUCCCGAAUUCCAGGUCAACCAUCCAGUUAAUUUUUCUGAAUUGCAGAUAAAUCAGCAAAUGAAAACUCCUGAAUUCCAAGCAAACCAGCCUGUCAAUAUGUCAGAUAGAGUUUAUGCUCAACAAGAGAAUAUUCAAGAAUCAAAAGAAAUAGAUAAUCAAGAUGUAAAAGAAAUUUCAACUCGAUUAGAAAAUAUUCAAGUUUCGAAAAAGGUUCACGAAAAUUCUCAAAGGAUUGCCACGUAUAGUCAGCUCUCCCUAAAUGCAGCUUCCACAGAUAUCGCAAAUUCUAUCUAA